UCUCCUUCGCCCUUACGCAUCCUUUAGACAUCCGAUCUAAUCCAAAGGAAAAAAAAACACACACACACACUCCUUUCCGCAUAAGUCAUAUUUAGGAAUUCACAAAGCACUCGCGUCAUUAAAAAAGAAUAAACAAACACCCACACAUAUCUACAGGUCAUAAUUGACUCUUCAAAUUCCACGUUUUUUCGAAACCCUAAAUAGUAAUUCACCUUAAAUGGCAUUCCUAAAGUAGGAAUUGAGCUUCGUUAUCGCAUCGGAGAAGAGUUUUUUUUUGCGGCGGAGAUGGCGGAAUUAGGGCAACAAACGGUGGAUUUCUCGGCGUUGGUAAGCCGAACAGCUGAAGAGUCGUAUGUGACGUUAAAGGAGUUAGUGGAUAAGUGCAAGUCAUCUGACUUAUCCGAUUCUGAGAAGAAAAUUGGGAUUUUAAAAUACGUAGUUAAGACUCAACAACGUAUGCUUCGUCUCAAUGUCCUAUCCAAAUGGUGCCAACAGGUCCCCCUGAUACAGUAUAGUCAGCAACUUGCAUCAACUUUAUCUAGUCAUGAUACAUGUUUCACCCAAGCUGCAGACUCGUUGUUUUUUAUGCACGAAGGACUACAACAAGCUCGUGCUCCCAUUUAUGAUGUUCCUUCGGCUGUUGAAGUUCUUCUUACCGGAAGUUAUGAGCGUUUGCCAAAAUGUAUCGAAGAUGUAGGCUUGCAGAGCACAUUAAAUGACGACCAGCAAAAGCCAGCAUUAAAGAAGUUAGACGCAAUUGUUAGGUCUAAACUCCUUGAGGUUUCGCUUCCUAAGGACAUUACUGAAGUCAAAGUUUCUGACGGUACUGUUCUGCUUCGUGUGGAAGGAGAAUUUAAGGUUCUAGUUACCCUUGGUUACCGAGGACAUUUGUCAAUGUGGAGGAUAUUACAUAUGGAACUGCUUGUUGGUGAGAGAAGUGGCCCUAUGAAGCUGGAUGACUUUCGGCGGCAUGCUCUUGGUGAUGAUUUGGAACGCAGAAUGGCUGCUGCUGACAAUCCAUUUAUGACCUUAUACUCCAUCCUGCAUGAGCUUUGUGUGGCACUUGUUAUGGACACUGUCAUAAGGCAAGUGCAAACACUUCGCCAGGGCAGGUGGAAAGAUGCUAUUCGUUUUGAGCUCAUAACUGAUGGUAUUACUGGACAGGGUGGUAGUGCUGGCUCCACACAAACAUCCCAAGAUGGGGAGUCUGAAUCUGCCAGUUUGCGUACUCCUGGGCUGAAGAUUUUGUAUUGGUUGGAUAUGGAUAAAAACUCCGGAACAUCCGAAAUUGGAACAUGCCCAUUUAUAAAAAUUGAACCCGGACCGGAUCUGCGAAUCAAGUGUCUUCAUAGCACAUUUGUUAUUGAUCCUCUGACUGGAAAAGAAGCAGAAUUUUCCCUUGACCAGAGUUGUAUUGACAUUGAGAAGUUGCUGCUUAGGGUGAUAUGCUGCAAUCGCUAUACUCGUUUGCUAGAGAUUUUUAAAGAACUUGAGAAAAAUGGUCAGAUAUGUAGAGUUCCUGGUGAUGUUCAGCUUCAAUGCCAUGUAGAAGAAAUGCUUGCUGAUUCUCGGAAGAAGGAUAACAAGUUCGACAGCAGGGAGUAUCAAGGCCAGGAAGUCCUGCGUGUACGUGCCUUUGGCUCAUCGUUUUUCACCCUUGCAAUAAACAUAAGGAAUGGACACUUCAUUCUUCACUCUUCCAAGAAUGUUAUAUCAUCAUCAGUAGUUGUUGACUGUGAAGAGGCCCUAAACCAGGGAAGUAUGUCAGCUGCUGAGGCUUUUAUUAGCUUGAGAAGCAAAAGCAUUUUACAUUUGUUUGCGUGUAUUGGGAGGUUCUUAGGCCUUGAGGUCUUUGAACAUGGGUCUGCAGCAGUUAAGGUGCCAAAGAGCAUUUCUUGUGGUACAAAUUUGUUGCUUAUGGGUUUUCCAGAAUGUGGAAGCGCAUACUUUUUGCUGAUGGAACUUGACAAAGACUUCAAACCUGUGUUCAAAUUGCUAGAAAGUCAGUCAGACUCACCUGCAAAAGCUCAAUCUCUUGCUGAUCUGAGUAACGUGGUUCGUGUAAAAACUGUUGACAUUGGUCAGAUGCAGAUAUGUGAGGAUGAGCUCAAUUUGAGUCUUCUCAACAGCAAGAAACUGCUUUCAGUUUUACCUAAUGAUGGUGGCAGUCACCAAACAUCUGAAAAUAGUCUUCUUGCUGACUUCAGCUUGGAAGGCUCUAUAGUUGCUUCCCGUGUGCCAUCAACAUUUUGUUCUAUUGUUGAUGAAGUAUUCGAACUUGAGAAAGGGUCCUCUGUCCCUUCUUUCUCUGGUCAAAUUCCCCCAUCAACAUUCGGUUCUUCUCCUGCAUCUCAUUUUGGCUGUGGUGUUGCUAAUUAUCAGAGUCUUAAAGUUGGAACACUGUCCCCCAAGUGGGAUCGGGGAGCAGGAAACUACAGUAGCUCCAUGUACAAGGGCGUGAUACAGUCGGGCUCAUCUGGUUCAUUGGCUGCGGCUCCAGGAAGGAGUCAAACUGGGAAAAAGUUGACAGCUUCGAAGUCUGAGCAAGAUUUGACUAAUCUCAGAUCACCUCACUCUGCAGGAGUUGGAUCUUAUACGUCAUUGGAUGAAGACCAGCUGACUGUAUCUACAAAUCAGUCAGCUCGACUCCUAUCUCCACCACAGCGAGUUUGCCCUCCAGCUUCUGGAUCAAGUGGAAAAGCUAGUGGCCCAAGAAACUUUGCUGUGGGAACUGUACCAGGUGGUUUCAGGACUUCUGAGUCCAACUCAUUGGUCUUAAGUCCUGGAUCCCAAGCAAUAGAUUCAGCAACAUGUACUAAGUCAGAGCAAGAUGCAGCUUCCAGAUGUAACAUUUUGCCCAGGAAGCGUACAUUGUCAGAUGUGUUGGAUUCACUUCCAUCACUUCAAGCAAUGCAGUCCAUUGAAGGAUCAUAUAAGCGAAGGAAACUCGUGGAGUCUGCUGGCACCCAUAUAUCUAAGUCAUUGAUGCUUAUUUCUUCAGAUAUUUCUGGUAAAACCGAAGAGUAUAGCUAUGGAAGUCUUAUAGCUGAAGCUAAUAAAGGGAAUGCACCUUCUAGUAUAUAUGUUUCUUCCCUUCUUCAUGUAGUCAGGCAUUGCUCACUAUGUAUCAAACAUGCCCGGCUUACUAGUCAGAUGGAGUCACUUGACAUCCCAUACGUUGAAGAAGUGGGUCUUAGAAGUGCAUCCUCGAACUUAUGGUUCCGCGUUCCAUUUGCCAGAGAUGACGCAUGGCAACAUAUAUGCUUGCGGCUAGGUAGACCUGGAAGUAUGUAUUGGGAUGUGAAAAUUAAUGACCAGCACUUCCAGGACUUGUGGGAGCUUCAGAAAGGAAGCAAUAGUACUCCAUGGGGUUCUGGAAUUCGGAUUGCCAAUACAUCUGAUGCAGAUUCUCAUAUCCGUUAUGAUUCUGAAGGUGUUGUCUUGAGCUAUUUUUCAGUUAAUGCUGAUAGCAUAAAGAAGUUAGUGGCUGAUAUCCAAAGGCUAUCUAAUGCUCGAACAUUUGCGCUUGGUAUGCGAAAGUUGCUUGGUGCUAGGGCUGAUGAAAAGUUUGAAGAAAAUAAUGCAAAUUCUGAAAGUAAAGCACCGGCUGCACUUAAAGGACCUUUUGAUGCAACUGAUAGAAUUUCUGAACAGAUGAGAAAGCAAUUCAGGAUUGAGGCAGUAGGACUGAUGAGUCUGUGGUUCAGUUUCGGUUCUGGGGUGCUUGCUCGCUUCGUGGUUGAAUGGGAAUCGGGUAAAGAGGGCUGCACAAUGCAUGUUUCACCUGAUCAACUUUGGCCACAUACAAAGUUUCUUGAAGAUUUCAUCAAUGGGGCUGAAGUUGCAUCCCUUUUGGACUGCAUCCGUCUCACUGCAGGACCCUUGCAUGCUCUUGCUGCUGCAACGCGGCCGGCACGAGCAGCUCCAGUUUCUGGUGUUACAGCGCCUAUUUCUUCUGUUGGAAAGCAGACUAGUUAUGGUCCAUCUUUACCAAGCAAUGUGAACUCUAGCAUGAAUCAGCCUGCAUCCGGACCUGGAGUUAAUCCUGUUUCAGCUACUGUGGGUACACAUGGCACGCACAGCCAUCCUAAUGCUGCAAUGUUGGCAGCUGCUGCAGCAGCUGCUGGAAGAGGUGGUCCUGGCAUUGUUCCGAGUUCGUUGCUGCCAAUAGAUGUCUCUGUGGUACUACGUGGUCCGUACUGGAUUCGCAUCAUUUAUCGGAAAAAAUUUGCUGUUGACAUGAGGUGUUUUGCUGGAGAUCAGGUUUGGUUGCAACCAGCUACACCACCUAAAGGGGGGCCAGAAGUUGGAGGUUCACUGCCAUGUCCACAAUUUCGACCUUUCAUCAUGGAACAUGUUGCCCAGGAGCUGAAUGGAAUUGACUCUAAUUUUUCUGGUUCUCAACAAGCAGUUAGUUUGAGUAACUCAAAUAGUUUAAAUGCUGGUUCACAACUUCCAGCUGCAAAUACCAACAGGACUAAUCUCUCUAAUUCUGCUGGAUUAGCUCGCCCAGCAAACACUGUAACUGGUUUCAACCGUGCUGCAAAUGGCCUUCCACCAGCAUCGAAUUUAGCUGGGGUGAAUGCAGGAAUGCCAUUGCGCAGACCACCUGGUACUGGUGUACCUGCUCAUGUCAGAGGAGAACUGAAUACUGCAAUUAUUGGACUUGGUGAUGAUGGAGGGUAUGGUGGUGGAUGGGUUCCUCUUGUUGCUCUCAAGAAGGUUCUCAGAGGUAUUCUAAAAUAUCUUGGGGUGCUGUGGCUCUUUGCUCAGUUACCGGACCUUCUGAAGGAGAUUUUGGGAUCAAUUCUGAAAGAAAAUGAAGGUGCAUUGCUGAAUUUGGAUCAGGAGCAGCCAGCCUUACGCUUCUUUGUGGGGGGCUAUGUAUUUGCUGUUAGCGUUCACAGGGUUCAACUUCUCUUGCAAGUUAUUAGUGUCAAGAGGUUUCAUCAGUCGCAACAGCAGCAGCAGCAAAAUCCCGGAAGUGCCCAAGAGGAAUUAACACAACCAGAAAUAGGAGAAAUAUGUGAUUACUUCAGCCGCCGUGUUGCGUCAGAGCCAUAUGACGCUUCCCGUGUUGCGUCAUUCAUUACACUUUUGACGUUACCUAUUUCAGUUUUGAGAGAAUUCCUGAAACUCAUUGCCUGGAAGAAAGGGUUGUCUCAAGUGCAAGGGGGUGACAUGGUCCCUACACAAAAAUCCCGUAUUGAAUUGUGUCUUGAGAAUCAUGCUGGAUAUAGUAGUGAUGGUAGCUCAGAAAAUACAUCUGCAUCCAAAAGCAAUAUUCACUAUGAUCGGGCUCAUAAUUCUGUUGAUUUUGCGCUGACGGUUGUUCUUGAUCAUGCACACAUACCUCAUAUUAACGCCGCUGGUGGUGCUGCUUGGUUGCCUUACUGUGUAUCUGUCAGGUUGAGAUAUGCAUUUGGUGAGAAUGCUAAUGUAUUGUUUCUGGGAAUGGAGGGGAGCCAUGGUGGACGGGCUUGCUGGCUGAGAGUUGAUGAUUGGGAAAGAUGCAAACAAAGAGUAGCUCGAACUGUAGAAGUGAAUGGGAAUUCUGCUGGUGAUGCCAAUCAGGGAAGAUUAAGGGUUGUUGCAGACAGUGUUCAAAGAACACUGCAUGCCUACCUUCAGGGGCUGAGGGAUGGUGGUGGGGUUGCUGCAAGCAUUGGAUCGUGAAACAGAUAUUUCAAUAAAGUAGCUCUAAACAAUACGUAUAUGUAGUGCUGACUAUCCCGAAAAAUUGCCCUGCAGAAUUAACCGGAAGAAGUAGCAAGUAUGGAUUAGCAUGUGGCACAGCAGCUGGGAUUUUGCUGGGAUGUAAUCUAGGUUUUCUUUUUUCUGGUAUAUGACGGGUUGCAGUGGCUAUUGCAAUGAUGUUAUCCCCUUGUACAGGUAACAUAGAUUUAUCCACGUCUUGCUUGGAGUGGUACAAAUCUUUGAUGAUACACAAAGAUCAGUUCUGGGUGGUCAGACAAGAUAAGCUUGACUGCUAUUAGAAGGAAUCCACGGAUCACUCGCUUACUGUUGUAAAUUGUGGGAUGUGAAGGAUUAAAGAAAUUUUUCUAAAUUUUUUGUAAUUAGCAGGUUUUUGUUGUAGUUGACCUAUAGAUUUUCAUGCACAAAAAGGUUGUAAUGUCUAUGCUCAUCAUUGCACUGAUCUGGAGUGAGAAUUUUCAAAAUCAGAAGGUAGUGCACAUAAUGAGGCAAUACCAGCAGCUUGGUGUGUUUCUCUAUAGUAAUAGCAGAAAAUGUGUUUUAUA